AUGCACUGCGAUGAAGAUAUGUUUUCAACUAUUAGUAAAUUAUCGCAAGUAUUAGCAACUCUACCAGUUAGUGUUGCGUCUGCCGAAAGGAGUUUCUCCACACUUCGGAGACUUAAAACCUGGCUUCGUUCAAGGAUGACUGAAGAUAGACUAUCAGCAUUAUGUCUAAUUAAUGUACAUAAUAAAGUAGAUCUUCUAGAUCAAAUCGAUCAUAUUAUUGAUAAUUUUGCCAAUUCUAAAAAUAGACGACUUGAAUUUGUGUUAUAA